UUAAUGGAUAAUCAGUCAUCAAAUAAAGCAACUCGCUGCACUUUGAUACAGACACUCUAACUGUUGUUUUUGUCACUAAUAGACACAAACCCAGCCACAGAGUGUGGUCAUGUACGUCAAGUCAACAGUGUGGAUCCUGCUCUUCAUCUCUGUCCAGGAGGUGUCCCUGCAGGAGGAAGAGUAUGAUUUUGAUGGUGAAACAUACGAGGAUCCACAGCCUCUGAGCUGUUCCACCACAGAGAGAAUCAAAGGUGGACACGUCACCUACACCCAGGGGGGGCUGGAGGGCAGUGUGCUGACCUAUCACUGUGGCCCUGGAAAAUACCCUUUCCCAGUCAGCAGCAGGCUCUGUGGUGCUAUUGGGGAAUGGUCACUGAUGAGAUUAGCCAAUGGCAGACGAGUGUCACAGGCCACAUGCAAAGAUGUGUUGUGUCCGGCUCAGCUCCAGCUGGAUCACGGCGACUUCUGGCCCAGAGAUCAGUGGUUCCGUGUUGGGACAGUGCAGAGCUUCUCCUGCAUGGAAGGGUUCACCCUGUACGGGUCAGCCCAGAGGAACUGCACCCUCUCUGGAGAGUGGACAGGCACCACACCUGUCUGUGACAACCAUGCUGAGGACUGUGAUGACCCAGGGAUCCCGCCGGGGGCCCAAAGGUCAGGGGGCCUCUUUCACACUGGAGAGAAGGCGCACUACCGGUGUCAGGCCGGUCUGAAUCUGCUCGGGUCGGCUCUAAGGGUUUGCCUGGAGAAUAGGGAGUGGAGCGGCUCAUCACCACGCUGCCAAGGUCCAAACACCUUUGACUCCCCCAGUGCUGUGGCCCAAGCCAUGGCGGGCUCACUUGCUGGAGUCAUGGACGUAGUCUCACCAGACUCCAAAAAGAAAACAGCAACAAUGUCCUUUGGCCGAACCAUCCGUGUGUCUGAAGGCAGUCGCAUGAAUGUCUACAUUUUAUUGGACACAUCAGGAAGCAUCACACAGCAGGACUUUGACAUUUCCAGGGAUGCCACCAUUGCUCUCAUCAGAAAGCUGGACAGUUACGAGGUACAGUUGAAGUUCCACGUGUUGUCAUUUGCCAGCGAGGCUAAAGACAUCGUAGACAUCACAGAAACGGAUAUAAGCACUAGCAUUGAGGACGUCAUAUGGAAUCUGCAGGAGUUCAAAUACGACAGCCACGGUCAUAAGACGGGCACUAACCUCCACGCCGCGCUGCACCGUGUCAGUGAGGUGAUAAACUUCUUCAAGCAGAACAGCGUCAAGAACCAUUUUAAUGAGACUCAGAACAUCAUCAUCAUAGAAACAGAUGGUUUCUCCAACACAGGCAGCAAGCCUCAGAUCGCUCUGGCCCAGAUCAGGCAACUGCUGGGCUACAGCACCACGGCUCAGGAUCACACACAUGAGACCAUGCUGGAUGUCUAUGUAUUUGGUAUGGGGAACAAGCUGAACAAAGAUGAGUUGAACUCUUUAGCCUCACAGAAACGUGGCGAGCAACACGUCUUCAUCCUGAAAGACUUCGAAACACUGGGAGAGGUGUUCAACAGCAUCAUAAGUGACGUGAGUGUGACGAUGUGUGGGGUUGCUCAGGAAGACGUCUCCGGGGAAUUUCUGAUGGGUGGGACACCAGUCUACACCAAGCCCUGGCACGUCACUCUGAAAUCACCUGUAUGGGGGCCUGAUAAGUCGUGUUUUGGAUCCAUCGUGAGCCAGAACUGGGUGCUGACAGCUGCCCACUGUUUUGUCAAAGCGAGCACAGACAUAAUCAAUUACCAAGUGGACAUAGAACACGGUAAUGGCACAGUGAAGUCCAGCAGAGUGUUAAUUCACCCCAAGUAUAACAUCAACGCACUCAAACACAGAAAUGUGUCCCAGUUCUACGACUACGAUGUCGCUCUAGUAUACGUGAACAAGAGUAUCCCUCUUUCCUGGAAGGCCAGACCUAUCUGCUUGCCGUGCACCGUACCAGCCAGCAGAGCCAUGAGAAUAAUCAACUCUACCUGUCAGCAGCACAGAAAUGAACUACUGUCACAUGAGGAGACUGCUGCCUUUUUCAUCCAUAAGAAGUCGGGACGCAAACAAACACACAUACACACAAAGAGACAGAGGCCUGGCUGUGUGGAGAAGGCCAGGCAGACCUUAAAACAGCCCACCGAUGUCACUUUGGAAGAAUAUGUCCCUGAUUCAUUCCUCUGCUCUGGAGGCACCUCCGGGUUUCAGGAUGCUGUCACCUGCAAAGGUGACUCUGGUGGAUCCCUGUUUCUGCUAAAAAGAAAGCGCUACUUUCAGGUGGCAGUAGUGAGCUGGGGCACCAUAGACGUUUGUGACCUACACAACCCAGCUGUGAGAGGGUUCAGCAGCGACAGGCCGCCUCCUGACGCUCGAGACUUUCACAUCGACCUGUUCCACAUCGUGCCGUGGCUGAAACAUUAUCUGGGCAAGCAGAUUCAGUUCCUGCCCGAUGUCUUGGACCACUUGGAAUAAUAACCGAGCAAUGCAGAAUUCAGCAGAGAUCAUGGGCAUUUAUAACUACUUACUACACAAUAUAUGGGAAUAAUCACAACUAAAAAUCCAAAUCAAAUGGACUAACAAUGAUUUUCCUGACUGUAAGCUUACAUGGAAAGAAUAUUUUUUCUUUUAACAAAUCAAACAUACUAAAUAAAAGUACCAUUUAAAAGUG